GCCAUUGUGCAAAAUGUACACCAGAUUUUCACGUCGCUUUUGUAAAAAAUUCGUAUCACUGAUCACUUCUUGUAAAAAUGAGCACGUAUCGACAUCGUUAGGUUAUUGGAAACCUUCAAUAAUUAUAUCUGAUCGCUCGAUAAGCAAUCUGACGCGAAGUUUAUAUUUCUCGAAUUUGUCUUUUCGAGAAGUGAGUACCACAGCCAUCAUGAGCAGUCAAGAUGUGAAAUUCAAUGUUAGCUAUGAACAGCUAUUGGAAGCGCAAAAGGACGAUAGUGUUUUAAUCAUUGACGUGAGGGAACAAGCUGAGAUAAACAAGACUGGCAAAUUACCGGGCAGUAUUCAUGUACCAAUGGGCAGUGUUUCAAGCACAUUGCAAAUUUUGUCAGAAGAGGAUUUUGUGGAAAGAUAUGGCAAGCCUAAGCCUACCAAACACACAAAAAUUAUAUUUAGCUGUAUGUCUGGCAAGAGGAGUAGAAUGGUACAGGGAGAGGUGCAAAAAUUGGGAUAUGACAAUGUAUAUAAUUAUAGUGGAGGAUGGACGGAAUGGGAAAGUAAGCAGAAGUCCUGAAUAAAGGAAAAGGAAUUACUCUAUUGCUAUAGUUUUAUCAUUCUUUUUUUUUUAAUACACAAUGUAGUGAUUCUUAAACUCUUUAUUACAAAUAAAGGUUACAAUUGGCAAAAUUA